AUGUCUAUGUCAGUUAUUGGUGCCUCUGUAUUAAUGCUUCUCCUUGCCGGCUAUCUAGCCCAGAAAUAUGGCCUUCCUCCUCCAGCGCCGAAAAUUGCGGGUAUCGACCUAGGGACAACAUACUCUUCAAUAGGAAUUUAUCAUGCCGUAUCAGGAAACGCCGAAAUAUUGCCGGAUUUAUUGGGAAAACGUUCGAUCCCUUCAGUGGUUGCUUGGCUGCCAAAUGGAACAAUUCUCGUGGGAACGCACGCCGUUCAACAACAAGAGCACAAUCCACUCAGAACGAUUUACGAUGCAAAACGAUUUAUUGGAAGAACUUUUGAUGCGGCUAAUCCUAUAUUUCAAAGUGAUAAGAAGCGUUAUCCGUUUGAAGUGAAGCUGGAUGAGAAUGGAUAUGCUUAUUUUGAGAUUCCGCUUGAUACUGGGAACAAAGCUGUUUAUCCCGAAGAAGUCGGAUCGAAGAUUGUUUCAUACUUGCGAAACUUUGCGGAACAAAAGUUGAAAACACCGUUAGAACAGGUCGUAAUUUCUGUACCGGCCGAAUUCGAAGAAAAGCAGAGAAAUUACACAAAAAGAGCUGCAGAAUUAUCAGGUAUGGAAGUUCGGCGUGUAAUAUCAGAACCAACCGCAGCAGCACUUGCUUAUGGAUUGCAUAAAAAGAAAGGAGUCGAAGAUGUGGUUGUUGUUGAUUUGGGUGGCGGUACUUUGGAUGUGUCUGUUCUUCGUCUUCAAGGCGCCACAUUUGUCACUCAAGCAAUGGCCGGAAAUAAUCGUCUUGGUGGACAGGAUUUCAAUGAUAAUGUCCAAAAGUUCUUAAUUAAGAGUCUUGAAGAGAAAUUUGGAAAACCAAUUGAAGACAAAGAAGAUAUUCAACAAAUCAGAAUGGAGAUUGAGGCCGCAAAACUACGAUUGACCACGCAUUUAAAGUCAAACAUCAAACUCAAUUUGAAAGUGAUCGGGAAAUAUGAGCAAGAGAUUACGAGAAAAGAAUUUGAAGACCUGAACGAACACCUCUUCGAAUCGAUUAAAGAACCGAUCAUUGCUGCUCUAGAAGAUGCUCGCUUAGAGCCGGCAAGUGUUGAUGAAAUUGUACUCGUUGGAGGAUCGACUCGAAUUCCGAGAAUACGAAAAAUUGUUGGACAAUUCUUUGGGAAAGCACCAAAUUUUGGCGUGGACCCAGAGUUGGCAGUUGCAACUGGAGCCUCUGUACAAGCAGGAGUGAUUGGUGGAGGAUGGCCAUUGCAGGUUGCCGCUGUUGAGCUUCCAACAAAAAUUCGAAAACGUCACUUCUACAGCGAAAAACAAAAACAAGAAGAAACCGAUUUU